AUGAUAAAAUUCCUGAAUGGAGUCUCAGCUGAGACAACUCCCACUAAUUACAUUUUAAUAGUAAGAAUACCUGUCAGUAGAGCAGAUUUUUCACUCAUUCAAAAAUUUGUUACCGUAAUUUUAAUAAUGGAAACGAAAGAAUUCGAUAUUACGUUUGAUAAUCCCUGGGCGACAUAUUACGUCGGUGGUACUGUUGCAGGACAAUUGAUGCUGAAUCUCGAUGCACCUAAAAAAAUUAAAGACAUCUCAAUAAAAAUAAAGGGUGAAGCUGAAGUGAAAUGGUCUGAACUUGAAACAGUAAAAGAUAGUACAGGAAAUGACGAAACGAGAGAAGUCGAAUAUACAUCCAGUGAAAAAUAUUUUGAAAAUUCAUUUGUAGUGCUCUCUGGAGGAGAUGAAAUAAUACUCCCUGCUGGCUCUCAUGCAUACAACUUUUCUGCUCAAUUACCAGAAUCACUGCCUUCUUCAUUUGAAAGUCAAUUCGGUUAUGUUCGUUAUACAGUUAAAGCAAUUAUAGGAAUUCCUUGGAAAUUUGAUCAAGAGUGUAAAUCUGCAUUUACUGUUAUAUCACCAUUAGAUUUAAACAAAGUUCCAGAAAAAAAAUUCGUCGGAUUUUUAUGCUGUAGAUCAGGACCAAUAUCAGCUACUUUGCAAGUGCCUGUAUCGGGUUUCGUCAGCGGCCAAACGAUUCCAGUUUCGUUGGAAAUUGAAAACAUGUCUGAAAAAAAUACAGAACCUGGAUUUUGUACUUUAUUGAAGAUUGUUUCAUAUAAAUCCGAUUAUCCCUCGGUCUACACGAAAUACGAUAAAACGAACAUAACAGAAAUUAAAUUGGGAGUUGUCGGAGCUCAUUCGUCAAACAAAUGGACGGAAAAUUUAAUUGUUCCUGCAUUACCUCCAUCUAAUUUAAAAAAUUGUAAAAUUAUGGACGUCAAAUACGAAAUAAAGGUAGACGUGAGCAUCCCUGGUCUUUUUUACAGGGGGUUACAUUUUAAAGCGCCUAUAAUUUUCGGUACGGUUCCAUUAGCAGCUCCACCCUCAGCUCCUCCAGCCGGUAUCGUCGACGGUAUAAUUCCGGUAAAAGAUGGAAAGACUGAGCCAUCGUCAAAUGGAACCGGAAUCGGAUGGAAUUUCGGACAAGACAACAAAAACGGAUUGUAUCCCUCGAUACCAUCUCCUACUUUCGAAGAAGCAUUGAUCACAUCCGACACAAACAUAAACAUACGAGAUAAAGAUGACAGCGAACACACCGUUAUAACGGGUGGUUUCUUGCCACGUUACCCGACCUACAAUUUAACAAUACAAACAACAAAUCAUAGCAAUAAUGACAAUAAUGACACAUUAUUUUAA